AUGCUGCAGGGUGGAUUCUUCAAGGUCCCGACGCAGCUUCUGGAACUCAGCCUCACGCUUCUUGUUCAUCUCAAUCUGAGCGGCUGUUGCUCCUCCAGCUUCCUCAAGUCUUUCACUGAUCUCCUCAAGUUCCCUGGAGAGUUCCUUGAUCUUCUUCUGAAGCUGAGCACCAAGAGACUGUUCAUCCUCAAUCUUGCUGAGAAGUUGGCUGAUUUCAAAAUCCAUAAUGGAUUCCUGGGCCAGUUUCAGAUCUCCUUCAAGUUUCCUUUUGGCUCUCUCGAGUUUCUGGAGCUGCUUCUUGCCACCCUUCAUGGCGAGGUUCUCAGCCUCAUCCAGACGAUGCUGGAGGUCCUUGACUGUGACCUCCAGGUUCUUCUUCAUCCUCUCCAGACUUACAUCAGUGAUAGCCUUUUUGGCUUUCUCUUCGGCAUUUCUAGCUUCCUGAACAGCAUCAUCCACCUCACCCUGAACCUGGACAAGAGCUGCUCUCAGCUCCUCAAUCUCAGCCAACAUCAGACCAUUUCUGCGCUCCACCAUGGCAACCUGCUCCUUCAUGUCUUCCUGUCCUCUGAGAGCAUCAUCAAGCCGUACAAAACUCACCUUGAGCUGUCCCUGGACAUUCCUCAGUUGUUUCUGGGCCUCAGCAGCCUGCCUGUUGGCAUGACUCAGCUGAAUCUCCAUCUCAUUCAGGUCUCCCUCCAUCUUCUUCUUGAUUCUCAGAGCAUCAUUCCUGCUCCUGACCUCAGCAUCAAGAGUGCUCUGCAUGGAGUCAAUCACCCUCUGGCUGUUUCUCUUGAUCUGCUCCAUUUCUUCAUCUUUCUCUGCCAGCUUCCGGUCAACUUCACCUUUGACCUGGUUGAGCUCAAGCUGAACACGGAGAAUCUUGGCCUCCUCCUGAUCCAGAGCCUCUUCAUAGGAGUUCUUCAUCUUGAACAGCUCAGUGCUGAGAGAACGGGCCUCCUUUUGGGCUCCUUCCAGCUCUGCCUGGCCCUCCUCAUACUUCUGUUUCCACUCGGCCAGGACCUACAUUUGCAAAGAUCGGAAAUUGACCUUAUCAAAGUUCCUCUGCUUCUUGUCCAGGUUGGCAGCCAGAGCAUUAGCUCUCUCCACAUCAAUCAUGAGGUCCUCCACCUCCCCCUGCAGCCUCUGCUUGGUCUUCUCCAAAGAAGCACACUUGGAGUUGACCGCCUCAAUGGAUUCCUCAGCAUCCUGAAGGCGCUGGGCAAUGCGCUGAAUAGCAUCAGUCUCAUAUUUGCUUCUCCACUGAGCAACCUCACUGUUGGCCUUGGACAUUCCUCUCUGCAGCUCAGCCUUUGCCUCCUGCUCCUCCUCAAACUGCUCUCUGAGCAGAUCACAGUCAUGGCGGGCUGA